AAACGAACAUCUCUUCUGCGCAGAGAAUUGCCAGUGCUGGAAGAGGCCCAGCAGAAGGCUGCUUGUAGGUGCAAUUUAAGUGUCUUUAAAAUUGCUGAAAACAACACUGGCAUCAUCUGGCACCACAGACCCUAGAAAUUACCAAUAUAUGAACAUAGGGAAGUCACAAAGUUUAUUGUUCUAGCCAAAAGCCAUAAACAUAAGUCAUGGGUGGCCAUCAACGCUUUGUGGUGCCUUUUCUUUUCUUCAUCCUGAAUCUUCCAACAGUGGAUGCUCACACGCGCGCUGAUAUUCCGAGAGCGAGAAAAACAUUUCUGACAGCAAGAGCUGUUCGGCAGUGGAACGGUCUCCCUGGAGAGGUGGCGAACUCUCCUUCCUCGGAAGUUUUUAAGCAGAGGUUGGAUGAUCAUGCGUCAUGGGUGCUUUAGCUGAAAUUCCUGCUUUGCAAGGGGUCUGGACUAGACUAGAAGACCCUCGGGAUCCCUUCCAAGUCUACGAUUCUAUGUUGUGAAAGCCACAGGAACAGGCCAAGCAGGGCUCCUUCUCUGGGCAGUUGGAAACCUUCCACGCCUCCAGCCUCUGCACAGAAUGCCGCGCGCAACGAAGGGGGCGGUAGCCGCUUUGUUGGAGAGAACCGCGCGCGGCAACUCCACCCCUCCGGGGACGGCUCAGCCCUGUAUGGGGCCUCUCCGGAGCCACGGACACUCCCUGCUGGCAGAGAAGGGCGGCCCUCCUCGCCUGGCCCCGUCCCCUCUGCCUCUUAAGGGCGGCGGCGGCUGCCUGUCGCGCGCUCUUUCUCGCCAUGGUGUGCUGGGGUGUCGUUUGCGCCCUGGCGGCGGCCGGCCUCCUGAUCUACCUGAUCGUCGAGCUCGCCAUCUGGCUCCGAGCUGACAGCGACUUGACCGUGUGGGCGGCGGAAUGGUGGGGCAAGAAGCCGGGUAAGCGGCGCGCCGGGCCCGCGGCGCUCUGGUUCUCUCCCCGGAGCGCGCGUUGCGCUCCUCCUCCUCUUUCGCCUUCUUCGCUUCCCCUCUCCGUGUGGGACGUGGCAGGACGUGUCCAAACACUUCUCCAUCCCCGAACGCAGAGAGCUGCCCUGUUGGGAGUCAGGGGUAGCCAACGUGGUGCCCUCCUGGAUGGCCUGGGUCAAAAUGAUCAAUGGGUAGCGAUUUUGCGCGCUGGAGUUGGGUAACAUCUGGAGCUCACCAGGAUGGCUACCCCAGUCUGCGCCCACUUGCAGCGGCUCUCUGCAGGGAACCUCUCCAAAGACACCUGUUUUUAAGCUCUGGAUAGCAAAGCACAGAUUUACAAGUUCACGUGUAUGCGUGCCCUGUGAGCAUCCGUAUGUGCAAUUGCCCAGAAGUGUUGCCCCCUUGUAGGCGAGGGAGUGGAGCAGGUUUGGUUUGCAAACUCAUCAACUUUCAGCAGCUAGGUAUAAACCCUGCUACCUGGGGCUGGUGGGAGGUACAAUCGGGAACUAAUUUGGCAAAGGCUGGCCUGCCUACAGCAAUUUUCUAGGCACAUUUUUUUGAGAUUAAGUGGGGCAACAUAGGUGUGGCCUUUCAGCUGGAAAGCAACUGAAACGAAGCCUAAUGGCUAUGAUAGAGAAACUGUGGUUUAGCAAUUAAGGACUAAGUAAGAGUCUGGGCAACACUGGGCAAUAAAAAUUUGUUUGCAUCACACAGAUUUAUUUAUUUUUAAAUAAGAAACACUUUGGAAAACAAGAAGAAACAACUCCCAGUGGCACUUGAUUUUGAAAAGAUAUCUAUUCACAUUCGGCAAAUAUUUUAUAUUUUGAUUUGCCCCUGAAGGGAAAUGCCUUUAUACACACAUCCGCUAACACUGUCCAAGUCACCCUUUGUCAGUUGCUGCAUUUGCUGCUUUAAAAAAAUCUGGACAACCUGCAAUCUUGCCUAGCUUGGGCUGAGGUAGCAAGUCUUUUCCGCACAGCAACCAGCGACAGGUGAAACAAUUGGUGCAGCCACAGGAUUGGAAAGGGUUUGGUUUCGUAGUGUGAGAUCAAGUUUUGGGAUAGGCCUGUGAGUUUUAGCUUGCUGUCAGGUGAAUCACAGAGUUGGAAGGGACCACGGGGGUAAAUUUGGUCCUAUGGGGGUCAUCUAGUCCAACCCCCUGAGAUGCAGGUAUCUUUUUGCCCAAAGCGAGGCUCGAACCCACAACCCUGAGAUUAAGAGUCUCAUGCUCAACUGGCUGAGCUAUGUGAGUGGUGAAGUGUGUUUCUGUGAAAUCAAACCACCCCAUAGCCUGAUUCAAUACAUGGCUUACUCAGAAUUAAGCCCCACUGUCCUAAAUUAGAAGGCUUUGUGCGUUCAUCCUGUGUGCAUACGUGUGUAUCUUAAAAACAAAACAAACCAUUCCGCAGCAGAGUAGCUGCUUCCACCAUGUAGUUCAGGGGUAGGGGAACUUGGUGUCACCUGGAUGUUGCUGAACUCCCAACUCCCAUCAGCCCCAACCCACAUAGCCAGUGGUCAGGAACGAUGGGAAUUGUAGCCCAGCUAAUAUCUGGAGGGCCAUUGGUUCCCCAGCUCUGACGCAGUUUGUUCACUGUACAGUGGUACCUUGGGUUACAGUCGCUUCAGGUUACAGACUCCGCUAACCCAGAAAUAGUAUCUUGGGUUAAGAACUUUGCUUCAGGAUAAGAACAGAAAUCACGUGGCAGCAGCAGUGGGAGGCCCCAUUAGCUUCAGGUUAAGAACAGUUUCAGGUUAAGAACGGACCUCCGGAACAAAUUAAGUUCUUAACUAGAGGUACCACUGCAUUCAACAACACGGAUUUAAAAAGACAGAGUCCAGCAAUGAAAGAGAAAUGUCCAAAAUUCGGGUGAUGGCUAACCCUGAAUAACUACCGUCCUCCAUUCCUGGACUUGGGGUAGAAUUCAGCGUAGCCCUAGCGGCCUUUCUCAAACUUGGGUCCUCAGCUGUUGUUGGCUACAACUCCCAUAAUCCCUGACCACUGGUAGUGCUAGCUAAGGAUGAUGGGAAUUGGAGUCCAGCAAAAACUGGGGACCCAAGUUUGAGAAACACUGCAAGGAGAUUACUUUCUCAACGCAGGCUAUUCUGCUUGCCUGAUGGAACAAUCUCCCCUUUCCUCCCCCAGCUAUUUGGGGGGUUUUCCCCGAUCCUCCAGAGCAGAUUUGGGGGAGAUAGGGGGGCAUGCAGGGGGAGGAGAGGGGGAAAGCCAUGUUGCCCUAGUGGGAGUCCUUGUUCUGUUUUCUGCUAACGGAAAUGAGUAGUUGAAUCUGGCUCGUGGUUUCUAUUUUAGUCACAACCCCUACGAAAAAUGAAUCUACACUCCAGUACUGGAAAGAAAAAUGUAUAUGGAGAAAACACGUUUUUAUGGACCUUUAAUCAAUUGGUUGUAUGUACAUUUAAGGGAUAAUAACCCAUUCCUUUCCAGGAGGGUUAAAUAGGUAAAAAAAGGUAAAAUAUUAUAUUGCUAUUGUGUGCGUUUUAACCUUAUUGAAAAACAUACUCAAAAGUAAGACCUAUGGCAUUCAAUGUGAGUUACUUAAAGGCAAAUGGAGUUAGGAUUUCAGCCUAAGGAGGGAAAUCUGGAAACACAAAAAGUGAUUGUUGGAGCCAAAGGAACAGCGUAUGCCAGACAAUUUGCAAACAUCUGUGAAGGACAAAUGCUUGCAUGUGUGCUUCUUGGCAGCUGUUGCCGUGCUGGAAAAUUCUGCUACCAUCUUGCACAACUCAGAACCCUCCAAGCUGAAUGUAGCUCAGAAAUUGCAUCCUGUCUAGGCAGGGGCAUUCCUAGUCACUUGACAGAGUUGGGUACAGGCCCACAGAUCUGCGUGUGCUGAUUUAUAUAUGCAUUUUUGCCCAUGUACGCAGAUUUUCAGAGAGGAAAUCCCAACUCUGGCUCUUAGACCUCACUCUGAAUCACAUAGGGUGCCAGCAGGAAUUUUGCAGGGCCUGGUGCUAAAGGCAUAAGACAGAACCCUGCCGAAUCAGCCCAAAGGCCAUCUGAUCUAGGAUUCUGUUCACACAGAUGCUGCUGUAAACUGGCGGAAGUUGCUACACCCCUCAGUUUAUUUUGGUUGCUCUUUGCUUUUCCAACACUACAAUAUCCUUUUGCAGGUAUGGUGACCAGAACUGUAUGCACAAGUACAGCUGCAAGUGUCAAGCUGAUCUUAGGGACAAGUUACAACUUUUUUGCUGGAAGACCAGCAGUUCCACAUUUGAGUUAAGAACUCCUUCCGUGGAUGAUUUGUUCCUUUUUAAUUUCUCAAGAAGGCCUAGAACGUCAUUUCCCGUCAUCACCUUUUGCCUCUGUCCCUUAGGCUCUCUUCUUGAGAAAGUUAGCUUAGGUAAGGGAUCUGCCCUACAUCUCUCACCGUGAAGACAGAUGUAAAUAACACGUUGGCCCGAAUAUAAGCCGCGCCUGCAAAUAAGCCACACCUUUAAAAUUCAAGGGGGGGGGGAAAUAAAAAAAAGACAAUACCUGAAUAUAAGCCGCUCCCUUAAAAUUGGGUUACAGGCUGAAAAUUGCUGCGGUUGGUAGAAUUGUAACUCUGAGCCAAUUUUUGUAAGGUCGCGAAUUUAAGCCGCACUUUAAUUUUUCAUAGUUGGAAUUUGGAAAAAAAAAGGGCAGCUUCUAUUCAGGCCAAUACGGUAGUUCAUUCAGGUUCUCUGAAGUCUCCUUCUAACUCCCUUUUGGUCCAAAGAUCCAACUGCCUAGCGGGUUUCCUAAUGCAUUAAAUGUGUUUGUUUAGUGGUGCUCCUCAAAUUUAUUUAUUGCCUCCCUUAGUAUCCACUGCCAUUUCUGCAGCAAUUUGUGUUCCUUGCCUCUACCAGCUUCCUUGACUCUAUUCAUUAACCUUGCUGGCAUCUGCUUGGCCCUGGUGGUAGCUUUCCUGGCUUCUGCAGCUGAUGCAGGGUGGAAAAAUGCCAGAGAAUAGGGAAAUCAGCAAAAAAAACCCCAACCUUCCAUUUUGUUUGUGGGUGUCUCUAUUGGAUCAAAAGCCUUUUCGUAUCUAGUCAAAUGCCCCUCAUUCAGAGGGGAGAAUGUGUUGUCUUGGUAUCUAUUACUUGGGUACGGUCCUUCUACAUUGGCUCUUGUAACCUAUAGCCAACAAUGUCCCUCUGAUUUGUCUAACCCAGCCUCCCCCAAUCUUUCACCCUCCAGAUGUUCUGGGCUCUGUUCUUAUCUGCGCUGAACCAGACGGAGCAAUUGCAGAAACAGCCUCCUUAUGGCUGGCUGGCUGUUGAGCUCUUUGCUUUUAAAAAGCAGUUGCAGCAUGCUUGCCUUUAUGACGGUUGGAUUGUAAAUUGUAGACAGAGAGAGAUUGCGGCCUUCUGGGGAACAAUACCACAGAGGGCUGGGCCGCCUAAUGUCAGGGCUAGACCCCCAUCCUCUUGCCAAAAUAGUCCCGAAAUGCAGUUGCAUUGCAACUCUCAGAUCUGUACUGCAGGCUUACAUUGGCUGUGUAUCAGUUUCACUAAUACUUUCCAGCAAAGGUGAUAGGCAAUUGCAGUUGGGUGAAGUGAGAGCUGGACCAUAAAGGCGGCUGAUUGCCGAAGAAUUGAUGCUUUUGAAUUAUGGUGCUGGAGGAGACUCUUGAGAGUCCCAUGGACUGCAAGAAGAUCCAACCUAUCCAUUCUUAAAGAAAUCAGCCCUGGGUGCUCACUGGAAGGACAGACCUUGAAGCUGAGGCUCCAAGACUUUGGCCACCUCAUGAGAAGAGAAGACUCCCUGGAAAAGACCCUGAUGUUGGGAAAGAUGGAGGGCACAAGGAGAAGGGGACAACAGAGGACGAGAUGGUUGGACAGUGUUCUUGAAGCUACGAACAUGAGUUUGACCAAACUGCGGGAGGCAGUGAAAGACAGGAGUGCCUGAUGUGCUCUGGUCCAGGGGGUCACGAAGAGUCGGACACGACUAAAUGACUGAACAACAACAACGAAGCCCAUCGACUACCCUCACCUGGUUUAGCCAGCCAGUCAGAGCCAUUCCUAGGGUGUGGCCGCUGUCGCAUUCUGACAGCCACAGGUGAGACCUGAGUGCAAGAGGGGGACCAAAGGUGGACAAAAUACCCCAAAAGAUCGUGAUAUGUCCUCCACCAGAGGUAUAGUCUUUCCCUAACACCCCAUACACCCCAAACACCAGAAUAGGCCAUCAGAUACCCUCAAACGUAUCCUAAAUACAUCUCUUCCACCUUGAAAUUUCUCCGCUGGGUGUCAAGGGCCUUUGUGCAAAUACAAUUGCAUCUAAUCUUUUUUUUUUUUUUUUAAUUAAUAUUUAUUAAAUUUUCAAAGAAUAACAACAAAAAUUUCCAAAAAAAUUGAAAAUACAAAAAGCAAAAACGAUAAAGAAAUAAAAAAGAAAAAAAACCAACCAUAAAGAAAAAAAGAAAAAAAGAAAAACAAAAGUAUAAAAUCAUUUACGAUCUCUAUUAACUUCCUUUCUAGACUUCCUCCUCCUCCCCUCUUGUUUCUUAAUUUUUAAUUUUUACAGCAAAUCCUUUCUGUUUUUUCAUAACAUUCUAUCAUUACAUUUCCUUAUUCUACUUUCCCUCUUGUCAUAUAAGAACUUUAAAACUCAAAGCUUAUAUUCAGUAUUUACCAAAUUCUUACAUCAUUACCUUUUUGCAAAUCAUUUACCAAUCCUUACUUAAGCCAUAUAGUUUCAUUCAACAUCUUUCAAACAUUUAUGAACGUUCCCAAUAUUGAAAAAUAGAAAAAUAAAAUAAGAUAAUAAGUCAGACACAAUCCAGUCAACUUCCAGCGUCCCUCUCCCUGGACCCGGGAUUGUCAGUCCUUUUAACCUCAAUAGUCCGGCUCCUUAACCUGGUUGUCUCGUGUCCGAGGCCCUCAAAUCUCUUUCUUGCCCCUUUCGCAGCUCUUCUUGAUGUUUCCCUUUCAGUCGUGGGUACUCCAGCAGAAAGAUACUUUUGACCCUUUGCAACAAGUCCAUCCCAUGCCCAUUGUCCAAGCCAGACAGCAGAUAAUACCACUUCAAGUUUCCUUGAAACUUGGAGGCUCCGACUACUCCAAUCCUCUGAUGGCCCAUCACCAGACUCGGAAAGUCCAGAUAACCAUAUAAAGGGGGGUCAAUCCAUCCCCCAUUUACAAAUCUAACCACAUUUCAUCUUUCCGAAUCUGAUUUAUCCCAAGUUCAUUUAUCAAGUUCAAAGGCUGAUCCUGCCGGUCCAAAGGUCCCUCAAUCUCUGAAGCCUCCAUCACUACAGCAGGUUCAUAUACUUGUAGAUAUUUUAACUGAGUUCCAUUUACUUGCUGCUGUGCUCUGGUAACUUCCGUCAUCAAGGUCGUCUCCUGACGCAUCUGGUCCAGCUGGGCACUUAGUUUUGAAAAACCUUCCAGGAACAUUUGUUCAAGCCUUUGUACAAGCAUUGUCCUUCAGGGUCAAAGAAAAUUCUUUCCCACGAUUAUAGUCCUUCACUUUUAAGCUCUCUGCGUUGCAGUUUCACUAAAUCCCACUAGAGGAAAACCUUUUUUUCUCCUUUUUUUUAUAACGGAGAAAAUCAUCAGCAACAGUCUUUCUUUUCCAGAUACACUUUAUCCAAAGUUCCCCCCUUCAAAAUUCAAGAGGCAACAGUAGAGUCACAAUGUUACCUUUCUUUUAACUAUCUGUCGAGCUGGACAAGCUUCAAGACGUCAGUUCUGACAGCCCGCUCCUGGUUCAGGGCGGUGGAAAACAAUUGCAUCUAAUCUUAAUUGCCCAAAGGCCAAUGAGGACAUCACAUAAUCACAGCUUUUGUUUUGUAAGCAGCAGCCCGGACAGGGGAGUAAGGGGCAAGAAUUAACCCUUUCUCUCCCAGCUGCCAUCGCCUCUUUGAAUUCUUUCUUUGCCUUUCCAGGGACUAUCCCUUUGGCGGCAAUGGAAGCUUCCCGUGAAAUGCAGGGAGAGAGAACUAUGUUUCUCCUCCGAACUCCCUGAUCCCCUCCUGCAGCUGCUCUUUACAUAAACUAAAAAGAGUGCACGUUCUAUUUAUUUAUUUAUAAAAAAUAUUUGUAUACUGCUGCAUCAUUUUUUAAAAAAAUCGAAGCAGUUUACAGCAAUAGCAACAUAAAACUGCGCAAUAAAAAUACCAUUAAAUAGUAAAAAACCAAACAUCCAUUAACCAUUGCAGAAGGAUGUAGUAUUUACUGCCUUCAUGGACCUGACAGAAUAGAAAUAUUUUCAGCAGGCAUUUAAAAAUUGGCACAGAAGGUGUCUGCUGAAUCUCCAUUGGCAGGAUGUUCGACAUGACACUAAAGACCCUGCUUCUUGUUGCAAAAUGAGCCUCAUCAGCUUGGGGAACAACCAACAACAGCACUCCUGCAAAUGAUCUCAGACGGACGCAAUUUUGCUGAGAUUCCUGCAUAGAAGGGGGUUGGACUAGAUGCCCCCCGGAGUGGCUUCCAACUCUACGAUUCUGUGAACCUCACAGGCUAUAUUGCUCUUAAAAAAAAGUGCUUCCUCCAUGUAAAAAAACGCCCCAAAAUGUCCUUUUAUACUAGAAGGGAAUGAGUUCUAUAGUCUUCUCUUCAGGGUUAAGGGUUUAGGUCACAAGCAGGGGGUUGUGUGUGUGUGUGUGUAAGUGAGGAAAAUGUGGGCCGACUCCUUGUCUCUGGAGUGCAGUCCAUGACUGCAAACAGUGUUUCGUUCGCCUUCAGACCUAUGUGAAACAAUUGAGAGAGCAAACACCUACAUGGUAUCUGUUGCUAAAGAGAAGCCCAUGAUGAAGAAAGCGAUUUAGCAAGGAAUCCCUUUGUUUGCCUUGUCGCUUGCAAUUUCUGAGAAUUUGGUGAGCACAGAGUUCUUUCUGUUGAUGCAGCAAGGGAGCUUAGUUUGUGCAAGAACACAGAAGUUUAUGUUGCGUGGAGUUGACUUUCCUCUGUUGCCUACAGAUAAACUGGAUCUUGCUUAGCCAAAACCGCCUUAUUCAUUCAUUCAUGUAUUUAUAUCUAUCUAUCUAUCAUCUAUCUAUCUAUCUAUCUAUCUAUCAAUGAAACAUAUCCUGCUGGCUUCCUGGGGAUCUCAGGGCAGCUAAGAAGCCACGAUACGAAAAACAGCACUUCAGCAAAAAAUUAUAAGGUAUUCCCCAAAGAAUGAAAUCCCCCUAUAAAGAAUGAAAAGCUCAAAUUGGAAAGCAUGUGUGUGCCUGCUAAUGAAAAAAAGAGUUUGUGGCAUGUUUAAAAGGCAAAAAAUGUUGCAGUUUAAACCAUGGGUAGCCCAUGUGUAAUGUCCUCAGAUGUUCCUGAGCUAAAACUUGCAUCAUCCCUGACCAGUGGCCAUGUUGGCUGAAGGGAUUGUAACAUCCAGCAACAUCAAGUCAGCAGCACAUGGGCAACGUCUUGUGGAAGCAUUUAUGGUGUAGAUCAGGGGUAACUGACAUAAAGUAAAGGUAAAGGGACCCCUGACCAUUAGGUCCACUCGUGACCGACUCUGGGGUUGCGGUGCUCAUCUCGCUUUAUUGGCCGAGGGAGCCGGCGUACAGCUUCCGGGUCGUGUGGCCAGCAUGACUAAGCCGCUUCUGGCGAACCAGAGCAGCGCACGGAAACGCCGUUUACCUUCCCGCCGGAGUGGUACCUAUUUAUCUACUUGCACUUUGACAUGCUUUCGAACUGCUAGGUUGGCAGGAGCAGGGGCCGAGCAACGGGAGCUCACCCCGUCGCAGGGAUUCGAACCGCCGACUUUCUGAUCGGCAAGUCCUAGGCUCUGUGGUUUAACUGACAUAGUGCCCUUCAGAUGUUGCUUGACUACAAAGCCCAUCAUCCUUUUGACUACAACACCCAUAAUCCUUGGCCAUUGGCCCUGCUGGAUGGGGCUGUCCACACUGGCUACUCCUGGUCUAGAUGAAGUAGACAGUAGCCCAUGGAAACUGAUUUAUAUAAUAAAUCUCUUAAGUCACAAGACUCCUUGUUGUUUUUCCUAAACCAGUCUAGCAAGGGCUACUCCUAGGGAGUUUGCCCUUAAGAACAAAACUGCCUUAGCAAAAACAUACACUUGCUGCCUGCCGAAAAAACCAGCCUGUACCUGAAUCAACCGAUUCAAGUUACAAUAAAAGAGAUUCCAACUAAACAUGAGGAAGGACUUUCUGACAGUAAGAGCUGUUUGGCAGUGGAACAGACUCCCAUGAGAGGUGGUGGACUCUCCUUCCUUGGAGGUUUUUAAGCAGAGGUUGGAUGGCCAUCUGUCAUGGAUGCUUCAUCUGAGAUUCCUGCAUUGCAGGGGGUUGGACUAGAUGACCCUCGGGGUCCCUUCCAACUCUACAAAUCUAUGAUUCUGUGUUGCUACCUUCCAACCUCAAUAUUUAUUCGUAUUCUUCCUAGGGAUAGUGAGUGCAAUGAUCUAAAUUUGUAUCUUUGUGUGUGUGUGUGUCUUUCUUUUUUCAUUUAAUUGUAUUAUUUGCAUUUUAUUUCUUUAAUAUGUUGCUGAAAUGUGUUGAUAUUAUUUUUAAACAAUAACAAUAGCAAUUUAUUUCUACCCUGCCCAUCUGACUGGAUUUCCCAGCCACUCUGGGAGGCUUUCAACAGAACAUUAAAAAACACAAUACAGCAUUAAACAUUAAAAACUUCCCUAAGCAGGGCUGAUGUCUUCUAAAAGUCGGGUAGCUGUUUAUUUCCUUGACAUCUGAUGGGAGGGCGUUCUACAGCACGGAGGCCACCACUGAGAAGGCCCUCUUCCUGGUUCCCUGUAAGCUCACUUCUCUCAGUGAGGGAACCACCAGAAGGCCCUCAGAGGAGGACCUCAGUAUCCGGGCCGAACAAUGUGGGUAGAGAUUCUCCUUUAGGUAUACUGGGACGAGUGUGUAUAUAUAUAUAUAUAUAUAUAUAUAUAUACCGUAUUUUUCGCUCCAUAGGACGCACUUUCCCUCCAAAAAUGAAGGGAAAUGUGUGUGCGUCCUAUGGAGCGAAUGCAGGCUUCGCUGAAGCCUGGAGAGCGAGAGGCAUCGGUGCGCACCGACCCCUCUCGCUCUCCAGGCUUCAGGAGCUAUCCGCAAGCCUUGCAAGCCCGGUGGGAGUUCCCGCGGGCUCACAAGGCUUGCAGGCAGCAGCCUGCAGCCCCGGCGAGUGUCCGCAGCCUUGCGCGCCCGGCAGGAGGUCCCACCGAGCGCGCGAGGCUUGGGGCGCCGGCGAGCCGUCGCCGAGCACGGGAGCCCUCCGGAGGGCUCCCGUGCUUCGGGCGAGUGUCUGCAAGCCUUGCGCGCCCGGCAGGAGGUCCCGCCGGCGCGCAAGGCUUGGGGCUGCAGCAGUCGCCGAGCACGGGAGCCCUCCGGAGGGCUCCCGUGCUUCGGGCGAGUGUCUGCAAGCCUUGCGCGCCCGGCAGGAGGUCCCGCCGAGCGCGCAAGGCUUGGGGCUGCAGCCUGUCGCCCGAGCACGGGAGCCCUCCGGAGGGCUCCCGUGCUCGGGCGAGUGUCUGCAAGCCUCGCGCGCCCGGUGGGAGGUCCCGCCGAGCGCGAGGCUUGGGGCGGUAGCCUGCAGCCCGAAGCACGCGAGGCUUGGGGCGGCAGCCGCGGCGGGGGGGGGGAUAAUUUUUUUAAUUCAUUUCCCCCCCCAAAAAACGAGGUGCGCCCUAUGGGCCGGUGCGUCCUAUAGAACGAAAAAUACGGUAUAUAGAGUGAAUUUUUGUGUGUAUGCACCCACCCCCAUUUAUAUACAGUGGACGCUCGGGUUGCGAACGUGAUCCGUGCAGCAUGCACGUUUGCAAUCCACAGCUGCAUGUCUGCGCAUGCGCGGGUUGCGAUUUGGCGCUUCUGCGCAUGCCAAAGCGCGAUCUAGCGCUUCUGCGUAUGCGCGACUGCCGAAACCCGGAAGUAAGUACUUCUGGGUUUUGGCGGUCCACAACCCGCAAAAAUGCAACCUGAAGCAUCUGUAACCCGAGGUAUGACUGUAUAGGGGUGGGUGCAUGCACACAAAAAUUCACCAACCAAAGUUGCCCUGGUGAAAAGACACCCCUCUAAAUUACUGCAUUCCUUCCUUCCGACAGAAAAGGAGCUGCCUGGGAAAGUUGUCUGGGUGACGGGAGCCUCCAGCGGAAUCGGCGAGGAGAUGGCUUACCAGCUGGCAAAGCUCGGCUCGCCACUUGCGCUCUCGGCGAGAAGGGAGAACGAGUUGGAGAGAGUGAAAAAGAAGUGCAUUGGUAGGAUUUCUUUAUCUUGAAAGCUUGUCUUUUAUUUUGCUUUUAGAAUAUCUGUGCCUGCAAUCCCCCGCUGCAGGUGGGAAACUGUAUUUUAUGCAUGGGAGAGGGUUGGUCUAGAUGAUCCGUUGGGUCCCUUCCAACGCACCUGCCAAUCAAGCAUCAUCAUAAGCUGUUAUGUCAAAGUUGGCCCACGGGCUUUCUCACCCCUGCCCUGGGCCACCGUUUCCUGUACGCCUGUGCAUGAUAAAAGCACCAAGAGAAGCCCGCUUUGCCCAUCUUAAUGUCGAAGAAGGUUGGUGGGAAUGGAAGAUUGCUUCCACGUCCAGAUAUUUAGGACCUAAUUGGUUAGGCGCAGGGCUUUUUUUUCAGCCAAAACAUGCCAGAGCUGAGUUCCGACAUGUCUCAGGUGGGUGCCAUUGCAGCUGAAGAAGGAGGCAUUCAUUGUGAAUUCCGGCACCUCUUUUUCUAGAAAAAUAGCACUCGGUGAGGGUUUUAAACACAAACGCAAGCAUAUUGAAUUGUGCCUGGAAGCAAACUGGCAGCCAGCGCAGAUAAGGCCUCCCCUUGAAAAUUCUUAGGAUUUUCCUUGCCCCUGAAUAUUAAUCCAAAAUUUGGGGGGCAUUCUCAUCCCACUUCUCCCUGGAAACAUAUAAAAAAAUUUUGGGGGGGCUGAAUACAGCAAGCCUGCAAUUUAUGCACAUUUAACUUGUGUGCAUUCAGCUUUAUGUGCUUGGCAAUAAAAUAAGAAGGGGACAGAAAUAGGGUGGGCAUCCAGGAAAAAAGCCUUCAGCGAUCCCACCUCUCUUUGCACCCAAUGUGUUUUGACUUUAUGCAAUUUUGGUUUUAGGAACAAUCCGUUACCCCUGAGUAAGCUGGGGGCUUCCUGUACUUGAACCCAGAAUGAUGGUUUAACUGCUCUUUUAACUGGCAACCAAAUGGUUUAAAUGUUCCAUCCAUUGAACCCUUGCUGAGCUUGAGCUAAGCAGCGAUCUUGCCUAGUUGUUCUGCUGAUGCAACACACCCUUUGUUCCUCCCACCCACCUUCCCCCAUUAUUAAAGCAUUGCCAAGUGGGGGAGAGGUUGUCAGCUACUUCUAACAGUGGCAUCUUGCCACAAAACAGGGGUUAUUGUUUCCAAGGUCACAGUGAUGGGCAGUUUAUCUGUGGCAAAGGUUGUAGUCUUGCAGUGCCAGAGCCGCUUUUGCAAACCAAGCACAGCCCACGUCAUAUUUGCUCAACAAAUGAAGGAAACAAGGUCCAUGCCAAUUUUGCUUAUGGAGAGCAUUUAGAGAUUUAAUCAUUAACAAGUCCUAUUAGAUGUUGUCCAGGGCUCCUGGAUUCCAGUGUGUAACCGAUGGAAAGGAGAGAUCAGGUCAAAUGGAUAGACAGCAUUUGAACGUCACAGGGGUCAUUUUGCUUGCAAAAAUACGAGGUCCCUGCAUUAGCCUUCAUGAUUAUCCAUUAACUACGCAGUUUACAAUCAUUUGUUCUCUGUGGGUGGGGAGGGGGAGGCUGGCCUUGCAGCAAUGUAGAGCAUUGAAAAAAAUGCAGAGCUGAUCAAAGGGUUCCUUCAUGUGCCUGCCAACCUGUUUGCAAACCCUGAAAAUAGCUGCAUACAGUUCAGUAUAGAAAUAAAUUGAGAAACCUUUGAAGGCUGAUUACCGUAUUUUUCGCUCCAUAAGACUCCAUAAGCACGUGGCUAAAGAAGCCAAGACAGCGAGCGGGAUCCAUCCCGCUGGCUGUCUUGGCUUGUGCCAUAGCCGUGCGCAGCCGCACCUGGCCGGCGGGGCGGCCCGCGACAAUGGCAAUUCCCCCACCUCCCACAAAAGCCCACAGGAGCCGCGCACCCUUUAAGGAGCACACGGCUCCUGUGGGCUUUUCUACGAGGAGGGAGAAGGGACUGACUGGCUGCGUCAGUCCCUUCCCGCUCCUGGGGAAAAGCCCGCAAGAGCCGCGUGGAGCUUGUGUGCAGCUCUUGGGGGCUUUUCCUGCCUGCCUCCCCCUGCAUUCGCUCCAUAAGACACACACAUUUCCCCUUACUUUUUAGGAAGGGAAAAGGGCGUCUUAUGGAGCGAAAAAUACGGUAGGUGUGCCUUAUGGUCCGGUGCGCCUUAUGGAGCGAAAAAUACGGUAUGUUUUAAGAUGGGGGGGGGGGAGCUUUAAUACUAAACACCCAAGGACUCCUUUCCUGCAGAAAACUAAACCAGUAUACUAAAGUGUAUUAAUUUAACCAGCGUAUCCUUUGCAUUCCCAAGUCAUGUUACAGCUUUUUGGAAUUUGAAAGCUGGGAAAUUUAACACGCCUUUCUGUCCUGGUCAUCAUUUGGACAGUGCAGAGCUGGUCUAACCAAUAAUUUAAGGCCACUCCCAAUGUUAGCAUGACCUGCCAGAGGUCAUGUGCAAUCUGCAUGGUGAUUCUGUGCAACACAGGCCAUGUGAGCGCCUCUUGCAUCCCAAGAUCUGUGGGGCUAAUGAAACAGAAGAGGAAGGAUUGUUUACCACUGUUUCUAAACGGUUCCUCUUCUUCCUUCUUUCCUCUCCCCGGCUUAAAAAAAAAAACACAUUUAGAGAUCAGCAGCCUCACUGACAAGGAUAUCCUCAUUGUGCCGCUUGACUUGACUGACAGGAGUGCCCACGAAGCGGCGACAAAAACUGUCCUGAAGCAUUUUGGAAAGGUAAGUCAGACUUUCCUCAGUGGAUUGGAGGGAGAGGGAGGAGCCGCAGGGACACCUGCCUUGGCCGCAGUUUGCAAAGGGGCAGAAAAUGGGUGUCAAAGGUCAUUUGUUAUAAAAUGUGGAGCAGUUUGGCAUUCUUUAAGCUGGCGCAUGAAAAGCCAGCUCUUCAUGAGAUAUCCAAAAUUGGUUUUAAAAGCUGUCAUAAGCAGCAUGAGGGGGCUGCUGUUCUAGAAACUCGAACCCAAAGCCCCUUUUGGCACAUGGAACUAGUCAUGCAGUUGGGAUCCUGAGUUCAGUUUAAAAAUAAUAAAAGUAUUUAUAUCCGGUACAGUGGUACCUCUGGUUACGAACUUAAUUCGUUCUGGAGGUCCAUUCUUAACCUGAGCUACCGCUUUAGCUAAUGGGGCCUCCCGCUGCCGCCACACCACCGGCGUGCGAUUUCUAUUCUUAUCCUGAGGUAAAGUUUUAACCCGAGGUACUACUUUCAGGUUAGCGGAGUCUGUAGCCUGAAGUGUUUGUAACCCGAGGUACCACUGUUUUUAUAUAUCAGAAUUUGCAAGCAGUGUACCUUAAAGCACUCUGAUGCCUUGUGGAAAAAAGAAAGUAACUUUUGUAGUUAGGAAAGUGAAGAUGCUCAUUGCUGUUUUACCUCCCUGCCAAAAGACCAGAACAAAUGCUCAGUUAAGUGCAGAUACAGCCUAACCUUCAUGCAAGCUUUGCACAAACAAAUCAGAAUGAAUGCUCAAUAAAUAAGUCUUCGGGGCAACCCCUAGGAUUACCUAAUUCAGCAUGCUUAUUUUCCUUUUACUUAGUAAAACAAAGCUGAAAAUUUUGCAAAUUUGCAAUUGGUAUCUGUCUUUUGAAAGGGGAAUUCUCCACAGAAAAAUCAAGUUUUAGGGGUUUCCCCACCCUGUAUCCUUGCAAAUGCUUAACUUUUCCCCUCUUGUUCCCAAAGAUCGACGUCUUGGUGAACAACGGCGGCCGUUCCCAGCGCUCCCUCUAUGUAGACACGUCCAUCGAUGUCUACAAGGCUAUCAUGGAGCUCAACUACAUUGGCACCAUCUCCCUAACGAAAUACGUCCUGGACCACAUGAUACAGAGGAAACAGGGGAAGAUUGUCACCAUCAGCAGCGUGAUGGGCAUCAUGGGAGCUCCCUUGGCCACCGGCUAUUGCGCCAGCAAACACGCCCUGCAGGUAAGGGUUCUCUUCCGGUCUUCGACUGCUCAUGGCUUGUAUCGGAGACUCUUGCCUUUGCCAUGGACUCACUAGGUGGCCUUUGGCAAAUGACUCUCUCACAGACUUGGUCCCCCUUCCCCAGUGGCGUGCGGUCAGUGAACUAGGCUAGUUCCCUAAAUGUUCCCCUGGUACCUCCUUCCCCAAGCCCAGGAAGCUUCUGCCCAGCUUAGGGAGGGAAGUGUGAUGCUCAUGCGUGCAACAUAAUAAUAAUAAUAAAAUUUUAUAUAUAUCCCGCCCUCCCCAGCUGAAGCCGGGCUCAGAGUGGCUAACAACAAUAAAAGUAACACAGCAUUCAAAAAUCAGUUCAUUCUAAAAUCAAUUCAGAAUCAAAUUAAUGGCAACCAUUGGGCUAGAGUUCUGGUGAGGAUUACCAAAGGAGGGGGUCAGACUGUGCCUCAGCCAAAGGCCUGGUGGAACAGCUCUGUCUUGCAGGCCCUGCCUAAAGAUGUCAAGUCCUGCAGGGCCCUAGUCUCUUGUGAUAGAGCGUUCCACCAGAUCGGGGCCACGGCCAAAAAAGCCCUGGCUCUGGUUGAGGCCAGCCUAACCUCCCUGUGGCCCGGGACCUCCAAGAUGUUUUUGUUUGAAGACCGUAGGGUCCUCUGUGGGACAUACCAGGAGAGGCGGUCCCCGCCCCACAAUCACCUUCGUAAGCUGAUGCCUCUGCCCCUAACUGUUCCCCUGUGAACAUUUCACCGCCCUGCCCCAAUCUGUGAUAGAUGAGACAACUGUGGUUUGUAAGGAACACAGGGAGCUGACUUAUACCAACCUAGUACUGUCCACCCUGGCCGGCAAGGGACCUCCAAGGUUUCACACAGGGGUUCUCUCCCAGCCCUACGUCCAAAGAUGUUGGGGGUUAAUUUUGAGACCUUCUACAUGCACAGAAGGGACACGGUGGCGCUGUGGGUUAAGCCUAGGACUUGCCGAUCCCUGCGAUGGGGUGAGCUUCCGUUGCUCAGUUCCUGCUCCUGCCAACGUAGCAGUUCGAAAGCACGUCAAAGUGCAAGUAGAUAAAUAGGUACCGCUCCGGCGGGAAGGUAAACAGCAUUUCCGUGCACUGCUCUGGUUUGCCAGAAGCAGCUUAGUCAUGCUGGCCACAUGACCCGGAAGCUGUACACCGGCUCCCUCAGCCAGUAAAGCGAGAUGAGCGCCGCAACCCAAGUCAGCCACACCUGGACCUAAUGGUCAGGGGUCCCUUUACCUUUUUACAUGCACAGGAGAUGCUUUGCCACUGAACUAUGGCCCUUGGUGCAUCCCAGUGCAGGUUAUCUGAGAUUCCUAAGAGAUUCCGUCCUGUUUGAGCCUGGGGGAAGAAAGCUGGUACUUUUAACUGUCAGGCUCUUGUUGUUUCUCAGGGCUUCUUCAACUCUCUCCGACCUGAGCUCGCUGAUUAUCCCGGGAUAAGUAUAAUUAACAUCUGCCCGGGGCCUGUGCAGUCACAGAUCAUACAAAACGUCUUCACUGAAGAUAUUGCGAAGGUAAGAAAGGUUGAGAUGAUUAAAGGACCGUGUUAACUGGGAUUAGAAGAGGUUGUGAAAUCAAAGAAAUAUAGUUAAGGGUCAUUAUUGCUGUGCGCAGUUAGAUAUCACCUAGAGUUGUCACUAAAUAUUUAUAAAGCUAGUUUGUUAAGUAGUUUAACCUAGAAGCCUCAUUGAAUUGAAUAGGACUAACCUCUGAGCAGACAUGGUUAGGAUUGCACCUUAAAACGUUAUUCCUCCAUAAGCUAAUAACUCACCGCUUAUUAAUCGAAGCCAGAACAACAAUAACAAAAUCACACAAGGUUCUUCAUGAAUGGAUUCCAGUCUCUAGAUGGCUUCAUAUUCUCCUCCUUGGAAGCACAGUGGAAAUAAAAUAUUUUUUUAAAAAAAGACCCACAGCAUCUUGUAUGACAGCUUCCAGGUAGAGGGUUCAGUCCUUCCCGGACUGUACCACUUCAGGACACGGGUAGGGCAAUCGUGUCUCCAAAUGCUCCCCGACAUCCCCCCCCCCAAGGUGCCUACAUAUAUAGGAAACGUGCAAGUCUAGAACAAGCUUAGGCUAGCCAAUGCGAUGCUCUCCAAAUACAACUCAAUGCUGGGGCGAGUUUUGUGUUUUUGUAGGUGUUCUGUGUGGUUCUGAAUUUCGUGUCCCAUCUAUGUUUUUUUUUUUAAAGGAGUGGGUUUUGAAAGGCCAAACACAGUAGCCUUCACAGAGGCAACUCGGGUCUGCCGCUUGCACAGAUCUUCUUUUGUCUUGCUGGCUAUUCUGUAAUCCUCUGGCAAGGCCAAACUCUUAUGUAGUCAUAGCCCGUAAAUCCAAAUUGCUCCGGCUGGCCUCUCAUCCACUUUUGUUUUUUUAAAAGCAAGAAACUUUCAGGUUGCAAAGCCGUUUCUUCCUAAAAUGCAACGGAGCACCAAUCGCUCGCAGUGACUGAAUUUAUGAUUAAUGUGCCUGAACACUGUCCAGAUAAGUAAGCCUGAAAGAGUUCGUACCAAGCCUUUUCAGACAAUAAUAUCUCAGCUCAAAUAAGCCAGGACAUUAAGGUAGCUUUGAGGCCUACUGAAGCUGCUUGUAAGAUAGUGAUCCAGUUUAGGGGAGCAGCUUUUUCUAUCAACUCGGGGUCACACAAUCUAGGCCUUUUUCCUCAUAAGCCCCUGCCCCAAACUCAGCAUAAUUCUUCCCAUGAAUACUUGACACCCCUUUCGGCUGUCCAGAACUCUCCCCGGCUUUUAGGCCCCAGGACUCCACACUGCGCCCCGCUCCCACUAAGUCAGGGAUGGGAACACAGGGAUUAUGGGAGUUGGGAGUACAACAAGGUCUAGGCUACCAGAGGUUCCUUAACCGUGUCCUAGAGGUUGCCUUCAAAGAUAUAUGACACACAGAGACUUUGUUAGAAAGAUGAACAAGCCUUGCUGAGCAAGCACACAGCCCCUUUCUUUACGAUGGGGACAUAAAAACCAGAUCUUUGCUUACUAAGAUGAGAGAUUGUUUGUUUUAUAAAGAUUUAUAUUCUGCCCCUCACCAUUAGCGAUCUCAGGGCAGGUCAAAACAAUUUAAGACACAAAGAAGAAAGCAAAAAAGUACACUUAAAAAAUCUUACCAGUCCAUCUAUUAAACACGACAAAGAUAAGAUUGUCCAAAUGUGGUCACGGUAAUAAAUUCAUCGGGUGUACUGUGAGUUCUUGCUUGCAGCAUAAAUGGGCAAGGGCAAAAUGCCACAUUUUCUACUCUUAGCACAGAUACAGCCUUCUGAAAGUGGACUGGCAUAUUGAACUGUGUCCCUUUUACGCUGAUAUGGUUGUAUCAAUGCCUCCAUCUUGGGGACAGCAUGGGCCAAUUCCCAUCCAGCUCACCUGCCUCCUAGCUCACACCUGGCACAGGUGUGGCAAACCUAUCUGGCCUGGCCGGUUAGAUCUUACACUGUAGGGGGGCAGGAAUUAUAAUUUAUCUUAAAAACCAUUGUAAACAGUUAAAAUUGUUAGUAGGAUUGGAAUAACACUUGCAGUUUAACUGUGAAUUUCGGACAAAAUGGAGAUGUAAAAUAUUUGGAUUAUUAUAAAAGAUGCAGGAGGAAAUGACUAACAAUAGGACCCACAAAGGGGAGGAGGGAAGUUCAGGAGAUUCUAUGGAAUCUUGUUUUUAUGUUGUAUAUGGGAUUGUAAAACUGUAAUCUGAAAAACCAAAUAAAUAAUUAAAAAAGAAAGAUCUUACGCAGCAAACCACUCUGUGAUCCUCGGGAGAUCGCAUGCUCCCUCUCCAGCUUACUCUCUUCCCUAACCCCCUGCUCUCCCAUCCAGGCAAAUGCAAACGUUGGGGAUCAGUCUCACAAAAUGGAAACCAGCCGUUGCGUGCGACUAACACUGAUCAGCAUGGCUAACGAUAUAAAGGAAGCCUGGAUCAGCGACCAUCCAUACCUGGCAGUCUGUUACCUCUGGCAAUACACACCUACCUGGGCAUGGUGGUUGUUGAACCGCCUAGGGAAGAAGCGAAUUGAGAAUUUCAAAAGAGGAGAGGUACGUCCUUCAAGCAAGAGCUGUUCUUAUGUCCCGUUAUCACUCUAGCGCAGGGUUUCGCAAACUUGGGUCUCCUCCUGCUGUUUUCGGACUACAAGUCCCAUCACCCCUGGCCACUAGGGAUGAUGGGACUUAAUCCCUGGCCUAAGGAUGAUGGGACUUGUAGUCCAGCAACAGCUGGAGAUACCCAAGAUUGGGAAACUCUGCUCUAGCCUAUUCAGCCAGAAAAAAAUGUGUGAAGGCUGAGUGGCGUAUGACCCCGUCUUCAUUUGCCCCCUUGCAAUGUAUUGUCUCAACCCACUUUGUGGGCUGCUUGUGUUCAUCCUCUAUAUGGGCCAAAGUGUUCAGAUCAGCCUGUUUUUAUUGGAGGGUUUUAAAAUGAGAAAUAAGCAGGAUCCGGUUUCAUGCUGUUUGCCAGAAGAGGUGGAAGAAGCAGGAUCGGAACAAAAGGCAUCCUCUCACAUCUCUGCCUUUGCAGUAUUCAUUUAGGUUCCCAGAGUGUAUUUUCAAAAGCUGUAUGGGGAGGAAGAGGGGAGGGGCAUGUGGUGGCAAAAGCUCUGGCCCAACUCUUUGGAUCCUUCCUUAAGUUAUGCUCUCUUAAUCCCAUGAUGCAUUAAAGCUGUUAGGCAGUGAAAGUGGUCCUCUUUCUUACACCCCAGUUGGAGGAGUGUUAAAAAAAUGUUUUUGUUCUUUGUAACCCACCCAACUGAUUGGGUUGCCCCAGGCACUCUGGACGGCUUCCAACAAAUAUAAAAGCAUAAUAACAUUUUAAAUAUUUAAUCAAACAUUAAAAACUUCCCUAUGCAGGGCUGUCUUCAGGUGUCUUCUAAAAGCUGUAGAUAGAUAAUUUAUUACGAUCAGAGACCAGCUUAUAUAAGCUGUAUAUUUAUCUCCUUGGCAUCUGAUGGGAGGGUAUUCCACGGGGUGAGUGCCACUGCUGAGAAGGCCCUCUGUUUGGUUCCCUGUAACCUCACUUCUUGCAGUCAGGGAACCACCAGAAGGCCCUCGGAAGUGGACCUCAGUGUCCGCGCUGAACAAUGGGGGUGGAGAUGCGUCUUCAGGUAUACAGGGCCUCUCCUUCGGGUAUACUUAAGUAUAAAUGAAAUUAAGAGCAGUCUGGACUAAGUUGUGCUUUUUGUUCAUUGCAGGACGCUGAUAUUUCUUACUACAAAAAAUCUUCUUAAAGGAGCAUUACAUUAUCCUUUUCACCAAUACCAGCAUAAGGAGGAGGAAGAACCCCUGCUUUAAGUACACAUUCUUUUUUGAGGAUAAGGAAUGACGUUAUAAUACGUAACCCAUACCUGUUCCACUAUAGUCUCUUGAAUAAAAAAUGAUUUUAUAACGCUUGUUGAUACUGUAGUGUGGUUAGCCACCAAAAACCUUUACUACCUGGCCUUUCAUGGUGCUAUCUUCUGCUGUAUGCUAGGGGGACCAUUCAAAUCUACACCCCAUCCCAGUAUCUUCUCAGGCCCUGCCUUAAUGUCUUUAGUGACUCAUUUACUGUUUUUGCCUCUUGCUUCAUUUCAAGACCUCAGGAUACGAAAAAGAAUGUUAAUAUAUGCAGGUGUCUCUCUCCAAACAAUGCACUCUCAGGAAAACGUUUGUUAGGCGAGCGCUUGCCAUUUCCAUUGAUUCCUAUGGGGAAAUUUCUAAUGUGUUCCUGACCAUGGAAUUUUCACCUCAAAAUGAUUGGAGGGGGCAGGGACACUGGAAAACCCUCUGAAAGCUUGUGAAAGGUAAACAAGGAAGGGGGUGGGAAAGCUCUCUAUAGUUGUCCAAUCCCCCUUCCUGCCUUGUUCUGGUGAAAUGGCUGCUAUCUACCAGCAAAACACAAAUAAGUAAGGCUCGUUUAAGGCUGCUUAUUUGUUUAAACAGGUCUGGCUGUUUGGAUAUCUGAAUCUGCAGUGUGUAUAACGAGGUUUGGGUACUAAUUCCUUGUUUUUAGAUGAUUUUUUGCAUAACAAGCGUUUGGAUAGUGGGACCUGCAGGUACACAAAAAGGGCCAAGCUUUUAUCUACCACCUCCAUUUUUCUUACUGAAUGCUACUAAGGCAGUGCUGUGUUCUUAAAGUGGUUUUCGCUAUAUUUACAUUUAUAAAGAAAAGUACUUUGGCAGCAGUUAGAUCUAAUGUUGACUUUUAGCCUGGCUUUCUCCUAUGUGGCGACGAGACCCAAAGCUGCUUCAAAUUUAAAAGAUUAAUUCAAAUGAGCCUUAAAUGUGUCUUGAUUAUAGUUAGUAGAAACUUGAUUAUAGCUAGUAAAAACAAAGGUUCACAAGCUUACGCAUUGAAGCUGGCUUCUUUCUGCUUUUCAUCAUCAAGGCUAGCUGUUCAAACAACGCGGCAAGCUGCUGUUAAUUAGAAGCAGAAAUUUUGGAGCUCCUUUCUGUGGGUGUGCAGGAAGGAAGGGGGAGGAGAGAGAUUGCAUGAAAGGGGGCGGGUGGUUUGGGUUGCCUUUGAAGCCUCCUUUGUGCUUUGGCUUAAAUGGGACACCUAGUAAGUCUCAUGCCAAAAUGUAAGUGGAAGAGCAGGAUGGGAAGAUACUGAAAGUUAAAGGACAAUUCAAACUAAUGCUAAAACGAAGCAAAACGAGGUCGGGAAGCCUUUUCUACCCCCCAGAAAUCCAGAUGUUCAUUUCCAUGUUCUACAGCAGUCAUUCUAAAGCACUCUGAGGCAGGAAAUAUUACAUGAGAUUUGUUUUUUCACCUUGCAGGGUACAGGUGAAAACUUGGGUUUCAAACCUCUCCUUGCUUAUAGGAAUUUUGGUCCCAGUCAUUUCAGUGUUAUGUAGAGAUGGGCACAUUAGCAGAGCAAGCUUUUCCACUUGCCAGGUUUAUUGCACCAUGAGACUGUUUGCACCAAAGUAAGAGUAUCCGACUUGCUAUAUUUGAAAAGAAAUAGCUGCAGGCUGAACAGAUGUAUUAUUGAGUGUUUCUUCAAGUAUCACUUUGACAAUGCAAAUAAAGCUAUACAAUAUAAACAAGUGA